AUAUAUAUAUAUACGCGCGUGAAUUUGUAUAUAGUAUAUAUAUAUUUAAGAGAGCGAGUGAGUGAAAGGGAGGGAGAGUCGGCGCGAUUUAUAAUGACGGAAGAUAUAAAACUUGAUCAUCGGGCGAGGAAGCGGAUCAAGGAGGUGAAGAAGAAGGCCCGACCUGAACUUGCUGACAAAGUAGCAUGGUCCCUACACAACUACAGUAAAAAGUUUGGACAGUUCUGGGAUUUCAAAGACAAUGUUGAUAGAAUUAUCGAAUCGGAAGUUUCAUCGGAAGAAUUUAUUAGAAGAUACGAGAAACCUUAUAUACCUGUGAUAAUAAAAGCUGUUCAGAACGACUGGAAAGCACAGCAUAAAUGGACUAUCGAGAGAUUAGUAAAAAAAUAUCGGAAUCAAAAAUUCAAAUGUGGAGAAGAUAAUGAAGGAUAUAGUGUAAAAAUGAAAAUGAAAUAUUAUAUUCGUUACAUGCAGAAUAACGAAGAUGAUUCCCCAUUAUAUAUCUUCGAUAGUUCCUUUGGCGAGCAUCCACGAAGGAAAAAAUUAUUGGAGGAUUAUUCGAUUCCAAAGUACUUUAGAGAUGAUCUCUUUCAGCAUGCCGGCGAACACAGAAGACCCCCCUAUCGUUGGUUCGUUAUGGGACCACAACGAUCUGGUACUGGAAUACACAUAGAUCCUUUGGGUACUAGUGCCUGGAAUGCACUUAUCUCUGGUCAUAAGAGAUGGUGUCUUUUUCCUACGCACACUCCCAGAGAGCUUUUAAAAGUAACUGGCUCUGAAGGAGGUAAACAAAGAGACGAGGCCAUUACCUGGUUCUCUGUUAUUUAUCCACGAACGAAAUUGUCAACAUGGCCACAAGACUGCUUACCUAUUGAAAUUUUACAAAAUCCUGGAGAGACCGUUUUUGUGCCCGGUGGUUGGUGGCAUGUUGUCCUUAAUCUUGACGAUACAAUUGCAGUGACUCAAAACUUCUGUUCCCGUACAAACUUUCCAGUAGUAUGGCACAAAACGGUUCGAGGACGACCGAAAUUAUCGCGCAAGUGGUUGAAGGUGCUGCGGGAGAAGGAGCCGGAAUUAGCCGCUUUGGCGGACAAAAUCGACGUUAAGGAGGACACAGGUGUAGCGAGCGAUUCAUCUAGUGGCUCUUCAAGUAGUUCGUCGAGCAGCAGUAGCAGCAGUCAAUCGGAGGACAGUGCGGAUGAUAGUGGCCAAGAAUCGCUCAGUGCUCACAAAAAGAAGAAAAGAAGAAAACUGAACAACGGCCAACCCUGACAAUGUCACAAUUUUGGGACCUACAGAGACCUCAGACUGUACAGUAUUAACCAACAAUUAUUGUUUGUACUAAGAUUAAAUAUUACAAUUAUGACCACCUUUACGUUCAUAAUAAAAUAAAUGCUAGAUAAUGCCAAAUUUGUUCAGUUAUUUAAAUACAAACUACGUAUAAUAAUUCAUUUAGGCGCCUUUGGAAUUGUGCACCACAGCUCUAGCACAGGC